UCAGAUAACAGUGGGCCCUGCUUCCCGCCAACCCCAAAACCCUAAUCUCCAUAUUCGUUAUACUCCUAAACCCCCUUUUCUGAGCUGCUCAAUACCCCAUCUAUGGAAGCUCAGGCCGUCAAAUCAAACCUAGUUUUAAUUCUAGAUUUUGGUUCCCAGUAUACUCACUUAAUCACUCGCCGCAUUCGUAGCUUAUCUGUCUUCUCUCUUUGCAUUUCCGGCACUUCCUCUCUCAAAUCCAUCACCGACUUGAACCCAUCUGUAAUCAUCCUUUCUGGUGGCCCCCACUCGGUCCACGCGCCGAACGCGCCGUCGUUUCCCGAUGGGUUCGUUGAGUAUGUUGAGAGUAGUGGUGUGUUUGUGUUGGGGAUAUGUUAUGGGUUGCAAUUGCUUGUGGAGAAGCUUGGUGGGGAAGUGAGAGUUGGGGAGAAGCAAGAGUAUGGGAGGAUGGAGAUUGAGGUUUUGAAGGAUAGUGGGUUGUUUGAUUGUAGGAAGACUGGGGGUAAGCAGGUUGUUUGGAUGAGUCAUGGCGAUGAGGCGGUGAGGUUGCCUAAUGGGUUUCAAGUGGUGGCUAGGAGUCAGCAAGGGGCUGUGGCCGCGGUGGAGAACCCGGAAAGGAGGUUUUAUGGGCUGCAAUAUCAUCCAGAGGUGACACAUUCACCAGAAGGAAUGGAAACAUUGAGACAAUUUCUCUUCAAUGUUUGUGGAGUCACUGCUGGAUGGACAAUGACUGAUGUUAUGGAAGAAGAAAUAAAGGUUAUUAAAGAAAUGGUUGGGGCUGAAGAUCAUGUCAUUUGUGCCUUAUCUGGUGGUGUUGAUUCCACUGUUGCAGCUACUCUUGUACACAAAGCGAUAGGAGACAGGCUUCACUGUGUUUUCGUUGAUAAUGGCUUACUAAGAUUCAAGGAGAGAGAGCGGGUAAUGGAAACAUUCGAGAAGGAUCUUCAUUUACCUGUUACUUGUGUUGAUGCUGUUGAGCAAUUUCUUAGCAAGCUAAAGGGCGUGGUAGAUCCUGAAGCAAAGAGAAAAAUUAUUGGAAAGGAGUUUAUCUGCAUUUUUGAUGCAUUUGCUCAUGAUAUGGAGCAGAAAACUGGAAAAAAACCAGCAUACUUGGUCCAAGGAACAUUAUAUCCUGAUGUGAUUGAAUCUUGUCCACCGCCUGGUAGUGGCAGGACCCACUCACACACAAUCAAGAGUCAUCAUAAUGUUGGAGGGCUUCCAAAGGACAUGAAACUAAAGCUCAUUGAACCCCUCAAGCUUUUAUUUAAGGAUGAGGUUCGUGAAUUGGGAAGAAUAUUGAAUGUUCCUGUGCCAUUUUUAAAGCGCCAUCCUUUCCCCGGACCUGGCCUUGCUGUACGAGUCUUGGGUGAUGUGACUGAAGGAAAUGCCUUGGAUAUCCUCCGCCAGGUAGAUGAAAUUUUCAUUCAGUCGAUCAAAGAUGCUGGCCUAUAUGAUUCCAUUUGGCAAGCUUUCGCUGUGUUUCUACCUAUAAGAUCAGUUGGAGUUCAAGGAGAUCAAAGAACACAUUCACAUGUUGUUGCACUGAGAGCUGUAACAAGUCAAGAUGGGAUGACAGCAGACUGGUACAAUUUUGAACACAAGUUCCUUGAUGAUGUGGCAAGAAAGAUCUGCAACAGUGUUAGAGGUGUGAAUCGAGUUGUGCAAGAUAUUACAUCCAAGCCGCCAUCAACUAUCGAGUGGGAAUGAUUAUUUGUAAGUGCAUAUCGGGUGCGCGAGGAUUUCUACGGUGUUAUACAUUGUUCGGGUUUUAUCUAAAGCGUCAUAGUGAAUUUGGCACAAUGAUCUAGAUCCUAGGAUGCCAUUAUUCUAAAUGUAGUUUAUCUGCAUUUGUGAUUCUUUGUAUGAGAAGUGCAUUUAUUUAUAUAAGAAAUCAUCCAAUUCUGUCUUA